CAGAAAGAGAGAGAGAGAGAGAGGAAAAAUGGUGGUGACAGCGACGAUCGGAGACCCAGAUGAGCAUCUCAACUGCACGUUCGCUUCCAGAUAUGUCCGCACAUCUCUUCCCAGGUUUAAGAUGCCGGAAAACUCGAUACCGAAAGAUGCAGCGUAUCAGAUCAUAAGCGACGAGCUGAUGUUGGAUGGAAACCCUAGAUUGAAUUUAGCUUCCUUUGUUACUACAUGGAUGGAGCCUGAGUGUGAUAAGCUCAUCAUGUCCUCGAUUAACAAGAACUACGUCGACAUGGAUGAAUACCCUGUCACCACCGAGCUCCAGAAUCGCUGUGUGAAUAUGAUAGCCAACCUCUUUAACGCCCCAGUUGGAGAUGGUGAGACAGCUGUGGGAGUGGGUACAGUAGGAUCAUCGGAGGCAAUAAUGCUGGCAGGACUAGCCUUCAAAAGGAAGUGGCAGAACAAGAGGAAAGCUGAGGGUAAACCCUAUGACAAGCCUAACAUUGUGACUGGUGCUAAUGUGCAGGUUUGUUGGGAGAAAUUCGCAAGAUACUUCGAAGUGGAACUGAAGGAAGUAAAAUUGAAGGAAGGCUACUAUGUCAUGGACCCUGUGAAAGCGGCGGAGAUGGUAGAUGAGAACACCAUAUGUGUGGCAGCAAUCUUGGGUUCAACACUUACAGGGGAGUUUGAGGAUGUCAAACUUCUAAAUGAUCUACUCACAGAGAAGAAUAAGCAGACUGGUUGGGACACCCCAAUUCAUGUGGAUGCUGCAAGUGGCGGAUUUAUUGCUCCUUUUUUGUACCCUGAACUUAAGUGGGAUUUUCGCUUGCCUCUGGUGAAGAGCAUCAAUGUUAGUGGCCACAAAUAUGGGCUUGUCUAUGCUGGUGUUGGUUGGGUUGUGUGGAGGACCAAGGAUGAUUUGCCAGAAGAGCUCAUUUUCCACAUCAAUUAUCUUGGUGCUGAUCAACCUACAUUCACCCUCAACUUCUCUAAAGGUGCCAGUCAAAUAAUUGCUCAAUAUUAUCAAUUAAUUCGGUUGGGUGUUGAGGGGUACAAGAAUAUCAUGGAAAAUUGCAAAGACAAUGCAAAGAUGCUGAAGGAAGGAUUAGAGAAGACAGGUCGGUUUGACAUUGUCUCAAAGGAUGUGGGAGUACCCCUUGUGGCUUUCUCUCUUAAAGAUGGCAAAAUGCAUACUGUGUUUGAGGUUUCAGAGAGUUUGAGGAAAUUUGGAUGGAUUGUCCCUGCAUACACAAUGCCAGCAAAUGCAGAACACAUUGCUGUCCUUCGAGUGGUGAUUAGGGAGGACUUCAGUCGAAGCUUGGCAGAGCGACUAAUUUCAGAUAUUGAGAAGGUUAUAAAGGAGUUAGAUGCACUUCCUAGCCGGGUUUCAGCUAAAGUUGCUCGUAUAACAGACAAUGUGGAAGAAACAGUAAAUGAUGGUAUAGGUGGGAAUGCAGUCAAGAAAGAGGUGAAAGAUGUCCAAGAGGAGGUAGCCAGGUAUUGGAAAAUGCUUGUCGAUCGUAAGAAGACAAAUGGGGUCUGUUGAGCCUUUCUUACUUAAUUUUGUCACAUUGUGGU